GUAAACACGCAGUUUGUCUGCUGCGAGUGUGUUGUGUGGCUGAGACCAUUUUAUAUUCCCGAUAAGUCACGUUCUACUCGUGUUGCUCUGCACAUACCUCUCUAUUUGUAUACUGUCCAGUAUGAGACUCCCAGGCUUCCUGUUAUGUGGUGUUACAGCACCUAGUCUGUGUCAUACCUGUCAAAUACUACAGACAGCUGGGAGGCCUCAGGAAGGCAAAUGAACAUGAGAAAUGGCGGAUCAAGGAUAUAUUAUGGAAGUUUGUGUGGAUUCAGUUGAGUCUGCGAUAAAUGCUGAAAGAGGAGGUGCAGGUCGAAUUGAAUUGUGUGCCAGUUUGCUGGAAGGAGGAAUCACACCUUCUGUUGGCCUUCUGCAGGUAGUUAAGCAAUAUGUCCAAAUUCCAAUAUUUGUCAUGAUUCGACCGAGAGGUGGAGACUUUCUUUAUUCUGACCGUGAAGUGGAAGUGAUGAAGGCUGACAUCCGAUUAGCUAAAAUUCACGGAGCUGAUGGACUUGUGUUUGGCGCUCUCACAGAAGAUGGCCGCAUUGAUGCAGAACUGUGCAUGGAACUUCUUGCUGUAUCCCGUCCUCUUCCAGUUACUUUCCAUCGAGCUUUUGACAUGGUUUAUGACCCUCUGCUUGCAAUGGAGACACUGAUUUCCUUGGGAUUUGAAAGGGUUCUUACCAGUGGCUGUGACACAUCUGCUUUGGAAGGUUUACCUUUAAUAAAAAGACUUGUGGAACAAGCUAAAGGACGAAUCAUAGUAAUGCCAGGUGGCGGCAUUACUGAGAGAAACCUACAAAGGAUACUUGAGGGUGCCGCAGUACAGGAGUUCCAUUGCUCAGCACGUUCCACAAAGGAUUCAGCAAUGAAGUACAGGAACAACUCUGUGUGUAUGGGAGCUACACUUUCUACCUCUGAAUAUUCAACCAAGGUUACAGAUGUGGCGAAAGUCAGAACCCUGAAUGCUAUGGCAAAAAACUUUCUGUGAGAAGGCAGACCCUGAUCAGAGUGGGUGAGAACUGCGCCACCUCAGCAACGAAGCACCUGAGAACUUCAUUUACAGUGACAGUUAUGGUGGUAUGUCAACUCAUACCUGGUUUUGGCAAUUCUGGACCCAAUAUUGAAAGAGAAUAGAAAAUACAGAAAGUAAAUAAGCAUGCUAGACCUCUUUUUUGUUUAAUUCCCUGCCAACAACACUUCCUUGUGCUGUGCACGUGUAAUGCUAAUGGAGACUUCACUGUUUUCCUUUGUACAGCUGAUUAUACCAAUAGAGGACCAUUGGGUGCAUUGGUGCAUAAUACAGUGCUGAUUAUUACUGUACAUAGCGAUGGAGCAUUUUAUGUCUCAAUUCUGGCCACUCAAGCAGGGAAAUGAUUCAGUUAACUAUGCACAUGGUAAAAAAGAACAUAGGAACAGUGGAAGCUGUACAUUUCAGAAGAUAUACUGUAUUUGUCACUGCUGUGUCUUACCUCACUUUUGCCAAAAUGUUUCCGUUCUAUACUAUGCAGUGAUGUUAAUUCUGAGAUUCCAGACAUGCUUAAAGGACAGAAAGAACAGCAAAAAAUUUUUUAAAAAAAUUCGUUAGUAUGCUACGAAAAAAAGACACCAAUACACAUUAAACUUUAAAGUUGCUAAGUCUUAAUUAAGAAAUAAAUUACCGAAACUCCGCUUGCAUUCCUCUUUAAAAAAGGUGAUCUGCGAUCCAUCGUGCGACGCUCCAUUUCUCCUCCAUGCCUUCCUUAUAGGAGAUAGCCUAUAAGGAAGGCAGCUGCACAAUGGAUCAUUGCCCUGUUGACAUUUCAGAAAAGGAGCGCAAGCAGAGUUUCAGUAAGUUAUUUCUUAAUAAAUACUUAGCGACUUUAAAGUUUAAUAUGUGUUGGUGUCUUUUUUUCGUAGCAUACUAAUGAAUUUUUUGCUGUUAUUGGUCCUUUACCUAUGUCCAUCUAAAUUUCUGUUUUGAUUCCGGCUCUGUAUGGCAACGCUUUUCCUUGUUCCACUGUGAUACAAGUAUGGGGGGAUACCCACUCCAAUCGACUUUCAAGUUCAAGAGAAAUAAAGUUUAUUCUAUGUGUA